ACGAAAUGAGGAGGAAGUUAGACGAUUACAACAAGGUCAGCAAGGUGCAGCGAAGCAUGUCCGUGGACAACUCACAUCUGGAGAAGGAGAUUCGGGACCUCAAGACCAGGGUGAUCACCGAGGAGAAGGCCCACCGCCAGGAGCUGAGCCACCUCAAGAUCAAGCACGACUCAGGCCUCUCCAUCAUGAAGGACGAGCUACACAGCCUGAACCAGCAGGUCAGCAAGUACAAGCGUGAGCGCGACACCUACAAGUCGAUGCUGGAGGGAGCGCAGCGCACCAUCGGCGACCUCAAGCGGAAGAGCCGGUCGGCAGACGGAGAUGGGGACGCCGCCGGAGCCGUCGACAUGUUCGAGACGAACCAGCGGGUGCGGGAGCUGACGCUCCAGCUGACCAGCCUGGAGGAUCAACUGUCGGCGGCCCGGCUGGAGGCCAGCAAGUUGCGCACGGAGACCACCACCGAGCGCUCGUGCUGGGAGAUCCGCGUCCACGACCUACAGACCAAGAUAAACGAGUUGGAGGAGGAGAAGAUCAUGUCCUCGGGUCACUCGCGCAUCUCGGGCAUCCGCGCCCGCAUGGAGCUGGCCUGGGGGAAGGAGCGUUCCGAGCACCAGCGACUCAUCCAGGAGACAUCCAAGCUGGCUGAGGAUCUGAAGAACACGCUGCACGAGGUUGAACGGCAAUUAGAAAACGAACGAGCCGAAGCUAAGAGGAAGGUCGAGCAAGUAAAGAGAUCGAUGGAAGACGAAACGUCCGACACAAGAAAGAAGGCCAAGGAGCUGCACGACGACCUGCUGGAGCUGCGUGACGCACACGCCAAGCUGCGCGAACAGAGCCGGCGCGUGAUCCGCGAGAAGGAGCGGGCGGAGCGCGAGCGUGAGGAGCUGCAGCACCGGCUGCAGCUGGCGCAGCGCGCCGAGGCCGACGAGGAGCGCAAGAUCAGCCGGCUGGUGGAGCAGCUUGAAGACCAGCUUGCGGUAGUGAAUAAGACACUAGAGCUGCAGGAGAGGCGGCCGGCGCCCGCCAGCCCGACUGCCCCUGGCGUCUCCAGGUCCUACCAGAUCGGAAAAGUAAAUUCGCUGUCUCCGUCAGCAAUGAAAGAAGCGGAAAAGGCGAGGGAGGAGUUCCAGACUGCCGUCAAGCAGAUCACCAGCACGGUGGACGAGCUCCGUCAGUCGCACGCCGCGCUCAUGGAGGAGAAGGAGCGAGGCCGCUCCAAAGGCUUGAGGCAGCAGAACUACCGCCGGUGA